AUGGUACAAGCAGAUGAGCAAGAAGUACUUUCUCAUAACUUUUCAUUUCUUUCUAACUUAACCCACUUAAUCCAAUUUAAUUUUUCUUACACUAGGUCGCUUGAUAUUCUUGGCUUGGAGAAAAAUAAAAACAGCUCUGAGGUGUCACAAUUUGUACUUCUGGGACUGUCGUCUUCCUGGGAGCUCCAGUUGUUUCUCUUCUUAACAUUUUUGUUGAUUUACGUGGUUAUUGUCCUGGGAAACCUUUUGAUAGUGAUGGUCGUCCAGGCUGAUGCUCACCUGCUCCAGUCACCCAUGUACUAUUUUCUAAGUCAUCUGUCUCUCAUUGACCUCUGUCUGAGCUGUGUUGCUGUGCCCAAAAUGCUAGGAGAUUUCCUACAGAAGGAGAAGACAAUACCUUUUUCAGGAUGCCUGGCCCAGGUAUUCUUUCUGCACUUUCUUGGAGCCAGUGAGAUGUUCCUGUUGACUGUUAUGGCCUAUGAUAGGUACGUUGCCAUAUGCAACCCUUUGCACUACCUGAUGGUCAUGAAUAACCACCUGCGUCUUCGGUUGGUGUUUGGCUGCUGGUGUGGAGGUUUCAUCCACUCUAUCACACAGGUCAUGAUUGUCAUUCAGCUGCCUUUUUGUGGUCCCAAUGAACUGGACAACUUCUACUGUGAUGUCCCCCAGGUUGUUAAGCUGGCCUGCAUGGACACUUACUUGGUUGAGGUGCUGAUGGUCUCUAACAGUGGCGUAUUGUCUCUUGUCUGCUUCUUGGUUCUGCUCUUCUCCUAUGCUCUCAUCUUAAUCACUCUGAGAACUCACCGGGGCCGGAGCAAAGCACUGUCCACCUGUGCCUCUCACUUGACAGUGGUCAGCCUGAUCUUUGUACCCUGUGUAUUCAUUUACUUGAGGCCUUUCUGCACCUUCUCUGUGGAUAAAGUAGUCUCUGUGUUUUAUACAGUGAUCACACCUAUGCUGAACCCCCUCAUCUAUACACUCAGAAAUGCAGACAUGAAGCAAGCUAUAGAAAAGCUGAGAAAGAAGCAAGUGGCAUCCCACUGCUUUGUUAAAGGAUGA